AGACAGCGCACACUGCGCACUGAGGGACGGGGCCGCGCACGGUGUGCGCGUUCCCGACUGGUGCGCACAGACAGACGCGCUGAGAGAGAGAGAGAGAGAGAGAGAGCAGCAGUGGAGAGCAAACGUCCUGAGAGCAGCUGAAGCGCCGUUAAGAUGCUGUGCGUCGCCUUGCUGUGCGUGUGCGCCGUCGCCUUUGGACGCGGUUCUGCUGGCUCCGAUAGCGGCAAUUUUUUGGACGACAAGUGGCUCGGAGGCAGAUGGGAUCAGUUUCGAGACGAAGUGGAGGAACCUGGAACCUGGACGUCAUCUAAAGUCUUUGAUCAAGGUCGAGAUCCAACCAAAGACCCCUGUCUGAAGAUCAAAUGCAGUCGACACAAGGUGUGUGUUGCUGAGGAUUAUAAGACUGCUAUUUGUGUGAGCCAGAGGAGAGUCAGUGUCAAAGAUGCCCGUCUAUUCCAGGGUCCACAGUCAAAGUGCAAACCGUGCCCAGUGGUUCACCCCGCCCCUGUGUGUGGGACUGAUGGAAGCAUCUACUCCAGCAAGUGCAAGUUAGAUUACAAGGCCUGCAUCACAGGAAAAAAGAUCGCUGUGAAGUGCUCUGGUAUGUGUCCUUGUCCUUCUGAGCCCAGACAGAGUUCUGCAGAGAAGAAAGUUUGCAGUGAUUUGGCCCUGAAGGAAGCGGUGAGUCGUCUGAGAGACUGGUUCCGAGUGCUGCACGACAACAGCAAUCAUAAGAAAGUCAGGAUCCAGAAACCAGAGAACAAGCUUGAUGCUGGGACAUCACCCAUAUGUAAGGAUCCUCUAGGCUGGAUGUUCUCCCGCUUGGAUACGAACUUUGACCUCCAAUUGGAUCACUCAGAGAUCAGGAGCCUGUACCUGGACCGGAACGAGCCGUGCUCUGAUGCCUUCUUCAAAUCAUGUGAUACACACACCAACAAAGUCAUAACCAGCACAGAGUGGUGCGCCUGCUUCCAGAGAUACACAGAUUCUCCGUGUAAAGCAGAGCUGUCCAGCAUCAGCAAAAAGCAGACGGGGAAGAAGCUGCUUGGUCAGUAUCUGCCGUCCUGUGAUGAUGAGGGCUACUACAGGUCCCACCAGUGUCACAGCAGCAGUGGACAGUGCUGGUGUGUGGAUCGCUAUGGCAACGAGGUGGCUGGCUCACGUACCCGUGGACCUGCAGACUGUGGUGUGAUUUUGGAGUCUUCUGGAGAUCUUGCCAGUGGAGAUUCGCUCUUCUCUGAAGAUGAUGAAGAUUCCUUUGUCCUCAGUGACCAGGCUGGGAUGGAUGAUGAGGAUGAUGAUGAUGACGAAGAUGAGGAAUAUCUGUCAUAAUUUUUAUAAAACAGACAACUGUUUGAUCAAACUGCACGUUUCAAGGUGACUUCCCAGGCAGAUACCUAAUUGUUCUAACAAGCCUAUGGACUACUCUGUGUGUUGUUUGUUUGUAUGUAAGGAAAAAAAAACUGGCGUAAGAUUAUGAUUUGUAUUGUUGUGUGAUAUUAUAUAUGUAUGAUUGGAUAAUGGCACUUAGUUGUGCAAUUGUGGAAUUGACAGACAACAAAUAUGACGAGGACUAAUGGAAAACCAAUCCUGGGCUUUGGACGUGGGCAUGUCUUCUCCUCAGCCCUGUGCUCCACUUGAACAGCAUUCUGGCAUCUGAGGCAUGAUGUUAGUGAGACCCUGCCCCUGUUCCUUUAUCCCUUUCCUCUCCUCCCCCAACAUUCACUUCUUAUCAAAGUUCCUCUGUGUAGGUGGGGUGCUGAUGGUGGAGAUAAGACCAUGUUGCAUUCUAAUUUCUUUUGAUCCUGAUUUGUGACUGUG